AAAAACAGUAUUUGACACACUUUAAUUCGCCGUGCUUAAAAUGUAGCUACACUAAAAAACGCCAAGUGGUUGUUAACAUUAAAAUAUUUCGCUAAAUUGCUAAAAAGUGUCGAACUAAAUAACCUGAUUUAUUGAGUCAUGAGACGUUUCCCUCUGCCAGAAAGCACUUGCGUUUUUCCACUUAAGUUUUAUUUCUUUUUUUAUGACGUUAAGUAGCUAACUCUGUCACAUUUGGAAAGCAGCAGAUGCAGCCGUCUGGCCCCUCUUCCCCCAGCUGUGCCUCCACCUCUGACUGCUUCCCCCUCAGCCACCGCAGCUCAGCUCAAUGUGGAAGUGAGAGUCCAGAUGAAGCACAGAAACACGAAGUGAGAGCAAAUAACACGCCUACAGAUCCCUUCAGAAUGACGUCUGUUGUGCGAUUCUACAUAUGCUACCUCCUGUGUCUGGGCCUGGGCUUGGCCUGCGUGGUGUGCGUGUGUGUGUGGAACAGCCAGUGGCGUGGCGGUUUCGCCUGGGAUGGUACAACCCUGCAGUUCAACUGGCACCCUGUCCUGAUGGUAACCGGUCUGGUUGUGCUGUACGGCAUCGGAGCUGUGUUGUACCGCAUCCCCCUGACCUGGGGUCAGAACAAACUCCCCUGGAAGCUGCUGCAUGCUGCACUGAUGCUCAUCACCCUGAUCCUGUCCAUUGUGGGGCUUUGUGCUGUGUUUGAUUUCCACAAUGCUAAACACACUUCCAACCUCUACUCCUUGCACAGCUGGAUUGGAAUCACUGCUGUAGCUCUUUUUGCCAUGCAGUGGGUGGUGGGUGUGGCUGGCUUCCUCCUGCCCUGCACCCCUGUAUCACUACGUGCACUCCUGAAACCCGUCCAUGUGUGGAUGGGAGGCAGCAUACUGUGGCUCAGCAUAGUUGCCUGCAUCUCUGGAAUCAACGAGAAACUCAUCUUUGUUCUUAGUGGAACUGAGCCAUAUUCUAAGCUUCCAUCUGAGGCUGUGUUGGGGAAUUCAUUAGGAGUUUUGAUUGUUGCCUUCGGCUUGGUGGUCCUUAAGAUUUUGUCCAACCAGGAAUGGCAGCGACCAGACUCCAGACCUGAGGAUCUGGCUUACACGCCCUUGCUUCGAGAGGAAAGUGAAUGAUGGGAAUUUCAAAAAUGCUAACUGCUUCAAAUCUUUCCAUGCAAAAUCAGUUCAACCAUCACAGAUCACCAUUCCCCAUAACAAGCCAAAAACUUUGACUUUGAAUGUACAUGCAGCUGUCUAAACCGUGUGAGAAUUAUCGUUGUGUUGUGGGUGCAAAUAUUUAUUCAAAUUAUAUUUAAGUUUGCUUUUUUUGCCAAAGAAUUAAAAAAAAGUUUGAUUAAAGCAGUGACAUUUUUUCAUUUAACUCUCAUGGUUAACUAGCAAGCUAGCUGGGGGAACCUAGAGUUUUAUUUUUUUUUUAUAUGUACUUUGCAAGAUUUUCAAGAAAGACAGACAAUAUACAAACAAAUAAGAAAGUAAUCCCUCUCAGUCGUCACUUAAGGACCCACCAGAAGCAUGUGGUGGUGUAUUUAUCUUCAUAGACCCUCUGAGUGUUUUUUUGUAUUAUUUUUGUAUUUUCAGCGUGCACGUGAGGUCUGGAUUUGAAAAAAAAAAAGGUACCAACCAAGUAACUGCAACCUGACUGGUUCAUGGAGGCAUUCAAGCACAAGGUGGUAAUUCUGGUUUCAUCUUUGAGCUUCAACUCAACUCCGCUGUGCAGACUUCUGUUGACUCAAAACACUGAGACAGCUGAUAUCAUCCCCUAAAGAGUCCUUGUAAUCUUUCUGUCAACAGUGGGAUGGAAUUUGGCUCCAUAAUCAAAAGAUAACAAGACAGAGCAAGAACAUAGAAGUUAGCCAUAGGUGUGAUUAGGCUGAUGCUCUUCCAAGGCUUAUUGGUCCACCACAGACUGGCUGUCCAGAGUGUGUUGUUACACCUCAAUAUCAAAUCAGUGCUGAAGAACUUUGUUUGCUAAAACCACAAAAGGCAGAAGUAAAGAAAACCCCAGAGGGGAGACUGCAGUGACUGUGUAACAUAAAGGAACAUAUAACUGUGCAAAUAAAACCAGCAGCAGACAGUAGACAGAGUUACAGAAGGACGCCACUGAGUGUAGAUUCACAACUCCCUUUCAAAUGGAAAGCCUUGGAGGAUGUUUGGUACUUGGUAGUGACCUUGAAGGACCUGAGGGAAUGCAAUUCCCAGGACAGCAAAGCCAUGACUCCCUCCACUCCGCUCCAAUUGGCUAGCACUUGCUGCCUUUGUUGGUUGAUUGAUUAGAUUUAGGCAAGAGGAGAGAUUUCUUAAUGUUAGUAUUAAAUGUCAAGCCAAUCAGAAUCAGAGUAAGGCAGAGUCAACUGAGUUUUGCGUUUGCUUACAGGCUGCCGGGGAAAGCAAAUUUGCUAAGGAGAAACAGCUAGCCAAAUGGCUGAAAUGUCUUUCCACUGAAAAAAGAAAGUUGUGCCUGCAGUUUUUUGUGAUGCAUUCAGAUGCCUCUCACAAGCAUUUAAACUUCUGAAAUGUUGGUUGGUUUGAUUUAUUUAAAAAACCACAGGGAAAAGGCAAGAAAGGCAAUUUGGCAAGAAGUGUUCCACCAAAUGCAAAAAAAAAAAAAAAAAAUCUGAAAAUGUGAGAAAAGGGAAAGGUAGAGAGAUUAUUAAAAAGA